UUUAGUCGGACAGUAGUAAAAAAAAAAUCUGGUUGCCAUGAAUUUGAGCUAGCUAGCCACCGAUAUCUGUCAGUACACUUGAGUAAAACCAUCCAUGUCAAGACACAAGAAGGAUUUUCGAAGUCUUGUGCCGCUUCUGUGUACAUAUAGGGGCACACCAGCCUGCCUGCCAACCUACUGUCAAUCGAUCCUGCUGGCGCAGUGACUAGACCGGAAGACCUUGGCACCGUUGCGUGCCAGUUCAUUUCAAGACCCAGGGAUUUCUAAAUCCAGACGAUGAACGGUCUGUCCAUACGGGAGCUAUGCUGUCUGUUCUGCUGCCCCCCUUGCCCCAGCCGCAUUGCAGCCAAACUGGCUUUCCUCCCUCCAGAGCCCACUUACGCCCUUCUCCCUGACCCAGAUCCAAGUUCUGGAGCGGGAACUGCUUCAGGGUCCACUUCCGGGGCUGCUCAGCCUUCUCUCGGAGCCCCAGGACUGCGUUCCCGGCUGGGCACUGGUAGUGGAGGGGACAGAGGAGGUGGAGGUGGUGCUGGGGCUGGGGGUGGAGGAGGAGGAGGAGGUGGAGGAGGUGGAGGUGGUGCUGCUGCUGCUGGUGCUGGUGCCGGUAGUGCUGCUGCAGGAGGUGCUGUAGGGGGAGGAGGAGCUGCCAGCGGAUGGAGUGAGGGCAGGUGGAAGCUUCAUCUCACAGAGAGAGCGGAGUUCCAGUACUCACAGAGAGAGCUGGAUGUGACGGAUGUAUUCCUGACCAGAUCCAGCCGAGGGAACAGGGUGGGGUGCAUGUACAUUCGCUGUGCCCCCAAUGCCAGGUUUACAGUGUUGUUUUCCCACGGCAAUGCAGUAGACCUGGGCCAAAUGAGCAGCUUCUACAUCGGCUUAGGCACACGCAUCAACUGCAACAUCUUUUCCUACGAUUACUCAGGCUACGGCGUUAGCACUGGCAAGCCCUCAGAGAAGAACCUAUACGCUGACAUAGAUGCUGCCUGGCACGCCCUGCGCUCCCGGUAUGGCAUCAGCCCUGAGAAUAUCAUCCUGUAUGGUCAGAGCAUCGGCACGGUGCCCACAGUAGACUUGGCAUCACGGUUUGAGUGUGCAGCUGUGGUCCUCCACUCUCCUCUCACCUCCGGCAUGAGAGUGGCUUUCCCAGACACCAAGAAAACAUACUGCUUUGAUGCCUUCCCUAACAUAGAGAAAGUGUCAAAGAUCCCGUCUCCAGUGCUCAUCAUCCACGGUACAGAGGAUGAGGUGAUCGACUUCUCUCACGGCCUCGCCCUGUUUGAGCGCUGCCCCAAGGCCGUGGAGCCUCUCUGGGUGGAGGGAGCCGGUCACAACGACAUUGAGCUUUACAGUCAGUACCUGGAGAGGCUACGGCGAUUCAUCAACCAGGACCUGGCUGCACAGCAUGCCUGAGAAACAAACAACAGCCUCUCUGAGUUUGUAUGAAUGAGACUGUGUGUAUGCAUGUGUUGUGAGUCAGACUGAAUGAGAACGUCAGCAUGUUUGCAAAAGUACGUGUGAGAAAUUGACGUAAAACGAUGUGUGAUUUUUGUCACAUCUGUGUGUCUUUGAAGCAGCACACCUUUACGUUACUUUUCGACACAGCAUAUGUGCAAAUAAUUUCCUGUUCGAAAGGUGAGAACGGGUUUUAAUAUAUCAUUUGAUAAUGGAGUGUGGUGAAGCACUAAAAAACAAGAAUUGAGACUAACCAACUUCACAAAUCUGUUUUUUAACGGGAAAUUAUGAGAUGUGUCACUAAGAUGAAUUAAGGAGUAACAGAAAGGCACACAGAUGUAAUUUUGACGUUAAGUAUGACGUUAGUGAUUGUAUGGAUGUAAGUGUUGAGUGUGUAUUCAUAUCUCCAUGGACAUGUUUGUGUGUGUGUGUGUGUGUGUGUGCGUGUGUGUGAGGCAGUGCUGAAAGAAAUGAAGGACAUCCUGAAGACUUGGACAGCUUCAAGUGGAGGAGGCUUGUUGAGACUUAUCAAUAUUGAUGUUAUUAUUUUCCUCUUUUUUGCGCGUGUAUGUAUGAAGGAUACCUCCACAGCUUGACCAGUUCUCUCUCCAGUGGACAAACACUGGUCAGGCCUGUGCCCCCCCUCCCCCCACUCUUCCUCCACUCCCUGUUUACCUGUUAAUGGACAUCCAUCUGACUGCCAGGGCAUUUCCCAAGUUGUUGUCCAGCUAACACUAACCUUCUUUAUCUGUGUGGUUUGGGGGUCCAUCACCUUCCCUUCGGUGUCAGAUAUGGUGGAUACAUUAGGACUAGUCUGGAAUGCUGUCAUAGCUUAUAUGGCUGUUGGGUGUCUCAUACUUUUCCCCCAUUUUUGACUCAGCAUCCACUUUAUUUCCUGGCUGUGCUGUAGCUUUAGCUGUUUCCUGUCCACAGAAUUGCAGCAGCAGCUUACAGGGAACUAUUUUGAUUUCCCUGUAUUGCCUUUUCCCAUCCAGUCCUACAUAUUUGUGAUGAAGAAUGAUGGUGUGGUUGAAACGGAAACAAGUCUUCGAGAGCUACACGGAGAAUAUCUCUGUUUGCUUUUCUUUGGCAUUAAUGGAACAGCUGUAGAAGUGAAGGUUUACUUUGUGUUUUUCAUGUCACAUUAGAUUGGUUGGCUCUAAACAGAAGGCUGUAGCCCUUCAGUAUUUACUAAUGUGUGACUUUUAAAGGUUGGACAGACUGCACUGGCUUGGUAACAGCAGGAUAAAGUCUGAUUUUAAAUGAAUAUUUGGGGAAAUAAGGCUCAUUUGCUUUGUGGCUGAGGGUUAUAUAAGACAGAUUUUUUUACCACUCUAGCGAAGACUCUAGGAAGACAAGAAAUAGUCAGGCACAUAACUCCUCACUAAAUUUUAAUAUGCUGUAUUUACUCUUCAGUUUUUGUAUGAAUUAUAAGGGACAGUUCACCCCAAAAUCAAAAUGACAUAUUGUUUCUCUUUACCUGUGCUAUUUAUCAGUUAAUAUUGUUUUGCUCUGAGUUGCAGACAGUUGGAAAUGAUGGUGAUACAGCUUGUAGAUGUAGUUUGGUAGAAAGAACAGAAUUCCUACAUGAAACUGCUCACAACAAGGUCUGUGAAUUACAUUGAGUAACCUGAAAAGAGACGAUGCUGUUGAGUCUUUCAAAUUUAUUUUUCUUAAUGUUUUGAGCACAACAAACUAAGUGCCAUUCGGUCAUAUUAUAUACAAGAAAAGGCAUCUCAACGGCCGAAAUCUCCAACAGUCUGCAACUCACACCAAAACCAUGUAGAUUGAAAAUAUCUUUCUGAUUUUAGGGUGAACUGUCUCUUUAAACAAACAAAAUACAGACAGUUUACUUUUGAACUUAAGAGGUGCUGCCAGGUGGAUUUUGUUACCUCUUGUAGUUUCACUAUUUCCAGUCUUUUUGCUAAGCUAACCAGCAGCAUGUUUAGUGUGCAAACAUAAGAGUGAUAUCAUCUUUCUCAUCUACCCCUCGGCAAGAAAGUAAAUAAGCAUAUUUCUUAAAUGUUGAACGAUACUUUUAAAGGUAUGCUAUGCAGGGUUUUCCUAUAAAACAAUAUACAGACUCAACUAUUACUUAAAACCCACUACAAGUGUGUUGAAACUCUGUCCUCUCCCUCUACUUUAUCUUUUCUUUUUCGCUGUGUUCGGGAAGUUUUUUGUGCAGGAAACUUUUGAUAAGUUUGCUCUUACUUUUGUUGAGCCGUAGGGAGCAGGGUCCAAGUUUGAAUGUUGUGUUUACUCAAAGUUUGUGAUAAUUCCUGCAUAGAAUUCCUUUAAGUCUGAAGUGCAGCUGUUGAGGAGGUCUGUGAAUGUUUUGUGGUCUUUCUGGUGCACAUGCUCUUUUGGAGCUUCAUGAUCUGGCUGGAUUAGGCUCUCAAGGUGUAAGGAGGCAAAGUAGCUGCUCAGUUCCACCAACUAAUGAGGAUUAUGUCCGUUUUACUCAGAAUAAGCUUUCACUUCACCGGAAUCUCUUUUAUGUAAUGAUGAUUAACUCGUAGUCUUACAGCACAGGUUGUUUUCUAGGUCUUGCUCCAGUAGCUCUCAUCACCUGGGUUAGUCUGCGUCCUGUUCAUGUGCACAUUUGUUUCUAAUGUUUUCGUCUUGAUGUAUUUAAUCCAAACGUGUUUGUCGUAGUGUGGGGCCAUGGAUUGUUUGUUCCAGAACCAUGUGUGUCGAUGUAAUGACUAACAAUGUGAUGUAGAUCGGGCGCCAGGACAGGACAUCAUGCCUACUACUAUAGCUCUGUUUAACCUCCGUGGCCCUAAAUGUACAGGAGCUCUCUUAUGGGUGGCAGCACGCUUCAUGUCUGACACAAGCCAUAUUUGAGCCUCUCACUGUUGGUGUGGUGCUGGUUCCACCACACACACACCUUUGCACAUCAUCACACGUUCAAACACUGCACACACACAAACACACACACACACACACACACACACACACACACACACACACACACACACACAAUACAUGUACUGUAGUCUGCAGUAUAUUUACACAUUUAUAUAUAUCAGAUCAAGCAUGACAAAAGCAGGUCUUAAGUUCAGCACUAUUGUACAAAGCAUCCAAAGUGUAAUAAGGGUAUAAAAUGUAAGUUUGUGUGUCCUCAUUAUUAUUGACUGUCUUCUACAGGCCAGCAUUAAGGAUACUAACAUCAUGUUUGAAUAACUAGUACUAGGCUCUGUGUGUAGACCUGAAAAAAGAACUGUUUUGUGGUUGCAGGCUAGCGCCACAUUUUCAGAUCAACACAAGGCGUCUGCUGCAUAGGAGACCCAUCAGUUUCAGUGAUAGUAGCUGCGUUUUUUAAGGGAACAUGUACUGAACUAGCACUGAUCUGAUUACUCCAUUGUGGGAGUACAAGUCGUGGGUCUUAGUGAACACCACUCGCUUCCUGUCAUCACUUUGAACAGGGAAUCUUUCCAUUCUCAUCCUGUGCUUUGUGUCUCUGAUAUUUAAAAAAUGGAAAUCUGUUACCAUCUUGGACCAGGGAUCUGAGCUGUCAGAAAAAUUACAGAGAGUUAUUGCCGCUCUCUCAAAGUAGACGUAGGCCUCAGUUUGUUCCUGGACAGGUCAUGUUAUCAGGGAAACCACUGGAUCCACCUUUCGUUCAUGGGGUUCAAGAAACGGGUUGGAAACUUGCCGUUUUAUUGAUGCACCACUAUGGUAUAUUGUAUCCUCUGGCCCUGAAUGUGUAUUGAUGGGGGUGGGGGGGUUUGAACAGUGAAAACUGUAUGCAUGUCUAUUGUGUUUUGCAGAGCAAGUGACGGGGUGGGACGUUAUCUCUAUUAUGUAUUCUAUGUGAGGGUAAAGCUGAACUCAUGGCAACGGAACAUUGAAGCGCUUUUUAAAAAAACGGGACGUUUAUUUGAAUUUUUUUAUUGCUGAUACUAACUGAUGUACUGUUAUGAGUUUUGUGCUAGAGUUUGAGCGGGGCAGUGGUAGGUGGGUGGGGGGGCGGGGGGGUAGACAAUAUUAGUGGGCUGUUUAUAUGGUUACUGUACUUACCUAUUCUAUUCUUUGUAUUAUGAUUUGUAAUUUUAUGUUGCUUUUUUGAACUGAGAAAAUGAUGUAAUGACAUUAAUUCAUGGGACUGAAUCUUGACCUUUUUAUGGACGACAAAAUAAUAAAAAAGAUCACUUAUGUACAAAAA